CGGGCUCCGCCCCGGCAACAGCGACAGCAGCGCGAGUUCCGCCAAAGUUACGCUCCGAUCUAUCGAUUCAGUGAUUAAAAGUGCGAUCAAACAUGACGAUCGUCAGCUUUAGGGAAACCUAAAGCUCCUCAGAUGCGGUGUAUUGAAUCAGUGAUUGUGUUUGUGUUUGUGCUGCGGCUGGAUUGAACAUCAUGACGCCUGACUUGCUGAACUUCAAGAAGGGAUGGAUGUCUAAACUGGACGAGAGUGGAGAGUGGAGGAAACACUGGUUUGUGCUGACGGAUGCUGGACUGAAGUACUACAGAGACUCUGCAGCAGAGGAGAGGGACGAGGUGGAUGGCGAGAUCGACCUGAAGGCGUGUGUGAAGGUCUCGGAGUUUGAGGUGGAGAAGAACUACGGCUUUCAGAUUCAGACCAGAGACGCCGUCUUCACGCUCUCCGCCAUGACGGCCGGCAUACGCAGGAACUGGAUCGAGGUCUUGAGGAAGAACGUCCGGCCCAGCAGCUCCCCCUGCUCCACCAAUCAGAGAGAGUCAGGGGAGGGGCAGGUGAGAGAGCACAGCCAAUGGCAGGAGGAGCGGCCGCGUGCUGACCCCCACAACCAGUGGGAGGCGGUGCUUUCGCGGAAGGGGGCGGGCCAGCAGUCGGAACAGAGGCGAAUAGAGGAGGAGAUUGAGAGGAAGUGGGCGGAGUUUGAGCGGCUGCCGCUCAAAGAGACGAGGUCACUCCCACCAGUGGGCUCGCGGUCAUCAGCCAAUCAGGCGCUGGAGAGGGAGGUGGCGUCUCUGAGGCAGCAGCUGGCGGAGCCGGGGAGGGGGGCGGAGUCUGGCUGCGAGGCGGUGCUGCAGCAGAUGGAGCGCGCGCACAGGGAGGCACUGGAGGAGCUGGAGAAGCAGCACUCGCAGCAGAUCAGCGCACUGGAGCGGGAACGAGACGCGCUGCUAAAGGAGGAGAGCGACGCCACUGCGCGCGUGAUGGAAGCGCUACAGAAAGCACACAGAGAGGAGCUGGAGAAAACCACACAACUCCGAGAGACUCAUGGGACGGAUUCACACACACUCGGCAAACAGCAACUGGUGGAGCUGGCGUCUCUGCGGAGGGAGCUGGCGUCUCUGUCGGAGCGAUACUCUCAGAAGUGUGUGGAGCUGAAGCGAGCGCAGCAGCACAGUCUGGAUGCGGAGCGACUCGUGAGCCAGAAAGACACACAGGUGGAGCAACUGAAGAGAGACAACCAGGACCUCCAGGCGCGUCUGUCGGAGGAGGUCAAGGUCAUUCGGUCUCUGGUCACAGGUCAAGGGUCAGACGGAGUGACUGACGGCACUGAGAGGUCGUGGUGUGAGACACAGGUGCUGCUGCGUGUGAGAGAGAACGAACUGCAGUACUUACACAAGCAGCUCAGCAGCCUCCGCAACCAGCUGCUCUUCCUCACCACGGAGAAGAGCAGCAUGUGCGAGCGCUACCGUGAGGUGUGUGAGGAGCUGAGCGUGAUGAAGAGCCGCAGCGAGCGCGAGGCCGAGACGCUGAGAGAACACCUGAGACUGGCACUGAGCGCGCUGCACGAUGGACAGCAGACCGACAACACACACGCCUCCUGAGGGGCGGAGCCUCACACACGUGCCUUCAUUUCAGCCCAAUCAGCUGCGGGACACUGGAACAAACGCUUCUGCACUUUCUCACGUCUCUAUGUGUGUUCGACUCCUGGGAGCAGAACUGGAACGUCUCUCUCACACACACUCACACACACACACACACACACACACACACACAAACACACGUAUGAAUAAUCAGAGUCUCACUGGGUUCAUCUGCCAAACUAAUAUCUGAUUAUAUGUGCCUCCUGCUCCUGUGUGUUUGUGUGUGUUCAACUGCCUUUGUGCCACAAAAACAAAGAGCUUUGGCUCAUUAAAGCAAUGUUUUUUAAAAGAUGUUUGCAUUUCUUGUCGUCAUAUUUAAUUUUAGAGUUUAAUGCUUAUGUAAACAUAUCAUACUAGGACUAAUAAAACAUGGGUUCUUUGGUC